CGCCCAUUAUUCUACGUAUUAACAGAGCAUGCGCCUAGUUACCUACGGAGGAGCUUUGGUGGCGUGUUGCCUCUUUUUUACGGUUUUACAAAAUGGCGAAAAUUGCGAAAACACACGAAGAUAUUGAAGCACAGAUACGUGAAAUUCAAGGAAAGAAGGUAGCCCUCGAUGAGACACAAGGAGUUGGUCUUGAUUCUACUGGAUAUUAUGAUCAAGAAAUUUAUGGUGGAAGUGAUAGCAGAUUUACUGGAUAUGUCACAUCUAUAGCAGCAAAUGAGCAAGAUGAUGAUGAUGAUGAUAUUUCUUCAGCAACCUUUGAACAGAAGAAGCCAGGAUAUCAUGCUCCAGUGGCAUUAUUGAAUGACAUCCCUCAGUCCACUGAACAGUAUGAUCCAUUUGCAGAACACAGACCCCAGAAGAUUGCAAAUCGUGAAGAUGAAUACAAGCAGCAUAGACGAAAGAUGAUUAUUUCCCCUGAACGGCUGGAUCCAUUUGCAGAUGGCGGCAAAACACCAGAUCCUAAAAUAAAUGCAAGAACCUUUAAGGAUGUUAUGCAAGAGCAAUAUUUAACAAAGGAAGAACGUGAAAUACGACAGCAAAUAGCAGAAAAGGCUAAAUCUGGGGAUCUUAAAGUGGUUAAUGGAUCAUCUGCGUCUCAGCCACCUUCUAAACGCAAACGUAGAUGGGAUCAAACAGCUGAUCAAACACCUGGUUCUACCCCAAAGAAGCUAUCGAGCUGGGAUCAAGCGGAGGUCACUCCUGGACACACCCCUUCAUUAAGAUGGGAUGAAACUCCUGGGCGUGCCAAAGGAAACGAGACUCCUGGAGCAACACCAGGAUCUAAAAUUUGGGACCCUACACCAAGUCAUACUCCAUCUGGUGCUGCUACACCUGGCAGAGGGGAUACUCCAGGUCAUGCAACACCAGGUCACAGUGGUGCAACAUCUAGUGCAAGGAAAAACAGAUGGGAUGAGACUCCCAAAACAGAACGGGAUACUCCUGGUCAUGGCAGUGGAUGGGCUGAGACACCUCGAACAGAUCGUGGAGGGGAUUCUAUUGGUGAAACUCCAACACCGGGAGCAAGUAAAAGAAAAUCCCGCUGGGAUGAAACCCCUGCUAGUCAGAUGGGUGGUAGUACUCCAGUUUUGACCCCAGGAAAAACUCCUAUUGGCACACCUGCCAUGAACAUGGCAACUCCAACACCAGGACACAUUAUGAGUAUGACUCCUGAACAGCUUCAGGCUUGGAGAUGGGAGCGAGAAAUUGAUGAACGAAACCGUCCUUUGUCUGAUGAGGAAUUGGAUGCUAUGUUUCCCGAAGGUUAUAAGGUUCUCCCUCCUCCUGCUGGAUAUGUACCAAUUCGUACACCUGCCCGUAAAUUGACCGCAACUCCAACACCAUUAGGAGGUUUGACUGGGUUUCAUAUGCCGACAGAGGAUCGAACCAUGAAAAGUGUUAGUGAUCAACCUUCUGGAAAUCUUCCGUUCCUGAAACCUGAUGAUAUUCAGUACUUUGACAAAUUGUUGGUUGAUGUUGAUGAAUCUACACUUAGUCCAGAAGAGCAGAAAGAAAGAAAAAUAAUGAAGUUAUUGUUAAAAAUAAAAAAUGGUACACCUCCGAUGAGGAAAGCUGCCUUACGACAAAUAACUGAUAAAGCUCGUGAAUUUGGAGCUGGUCCACUAUUCAAUCAGAUCCUGCCCCUGUUGAUGUCACCAACACUUGAAGAUCAAGAAAGACACUUACUUGUAAAAGUCAUUGAUAGAAUUCUGUAUAAAUUGGAUGACUUGGUCCGCCCGUAUGUACAUAAGAUUCUUGUUGUUAUUGAACCACUUCUGAUUGAUGAAGAUUAUUAUGCCAGAGUGGAAGGCAGAGAAAUAAUAUCUAAUUUGGCCAAGGCUGCUGGUUUAGCUACAAUGAUUUCAACUAUGAGACCAGAUAUUGAUAACAUGGAUGAGUAUGUCCGUAAUACAACAGCUCGAGCAUUUGCAGUUGUUGCCUCUGCUCUUGGAAUUCCAUCUUUGCUGCCUUUUUUGAAAGCUGUAUGCAAAAGCAAAAAGUCUUGGCAGGCUCGUCACACUGGAAUUAAAAUUGUGCAGCAAAUUGCCAUACUGAUGGGAUGUGCUAUUUUGCCACAUCUAAGAAGUUUAGUUGAAAUUAUUGAACAUGGUUUGGUUGAUGAGCAACAAAAAGUCCGCACGAUCAGCGCUUUGGCUAUUGCUGCUUUGGCAGAGGCAGCUACUCCAUAUGGUAUUGAAUCAUUUGAUUCAGUGCUAAAGCCCCUUUGGAAGGGAAUUCGACAACACAGAGGAAAGGGACUUGCUGCCUUUUUAAAAGCCAUUGGCUAUCUUAUUCCUCUUAUGGAUGCAGAAUAUGCAAACUAUUACACCCGAGAAGUAAUGUUAAUUUUAAUAAGAGAAUUCCAGUCUCCAGAUGAAGAAAUGAAGAAAAUAGUGUUAAAGGUGGUGAAGCAGUGUUGUGGAACUGAUGGAGUAGAAGCAAAUUAUAUCAAGACAGAAAUUCUUCCUCCAUUUUUUAAACAUUUCUGGCAACAUCGAAUGGCUUUGGAUAGAAGAAAUUACAGACAGUUGGUGGAUACCACAGUUGAACUUGCAAACAAAGUGGGAGCUGCUGAAAUAAUAUCGAGAAUUGUAGACGACUUAAAGGAUGAAGCUGAGCAAUACAGGAAAAUGGUUAUGGAAACCAUUGAGAAAAUAAUGGGAAACCUUGGAGCUGCAGAUAUAGAUCACAAGCUUGAGGAACAGCUUAUUGAUGGCAUCCUAUAUGCAUUUCAGGAACAAACAACAGAGGAUUCUGUAAUGUUAAAUGGAUUUGGCACUGUUGUAAAUGCUCUUGGUAAAAGAGUAAAGCCUUACCUGCCUCAAAUUUGUGGAACAGUCUUGUGGAGGUUGAACAAUAAAUCUGCUAAAGUAAGACAGCAGGCUGCUGACUUGAUAUCCCGCACUGCAGUUGUCAUGAAGACUUGUCAAGAGGAAAAAUUGAUGGGACAUUUGGGUGUUGUUUUAUAUGAAUAUCUUGGAGAAGAGUACCCUGAAGUACUGGGAAGUAUUUUAGGAGCUCUUAAAGCAAUCGUAAAUGUUAUAGGAAUGCACAAGAUGACACCUCCAAUUAAGGAUCUUCUACCACGGUUAACACCUAUCCUGAAAAAUAGACACGAGAAAGUACAGGAGAACUGCAUUGAUCUUGUUGGGCGUAUUGCUGACAGAGGAGCUGAAUAUGUGUCUGCAAGGGAAUGGAUGAGGAUUUGUUUCGAGUUACUGGAACUGCUAAAGGCACAUAAGAAGGCAAUUAGAAGAGCAACUGUCAAUACCUUUGGCUAUAUUGCAAAAGCUAUUGGGCCUCAUGAUGUUCUUGCCACACUUCUUAAUAAUUUAAAGGUGCAAGAGAGACAAAACAGAGUAUGCACCACAGUAGCAAUAGCUAUUGUUGCAGAAACCUGCUCACCAUUUACAGUUUUACCAGCACUAAUGAAUGAAUAUAGAGUACCAGAACUCAAUGUUCAAAAUGGUGUGUUAAAAUCCCUCUCUUUCCUUUUCGAAUACAUUGGAGAAAUGGGAAAGGAUUAUAUUUAUGCUGUAACACCAUUGCUGGAAGAUGCUUUAAUGGACAGAGAUCUUGUACACCGACAGACUGCUAGUGCAGUUGUUCAGCAUAUGUCACUAGGCGUGUAUGGAUUUGGAUGUGAAGAUUCUUUGAACCAUUUGCUGAACUAUGUUUGGCCAAAUGUGUUUGAAACUUCCCCUCAUGUCAUCCAGGCUGUUAUGGGUGCACUUGAAGGCCUACGGGUUGCAAUUGGGCCUUGUAGAAUGUUGCAGUAUUGCUUACAGGGCCUCUUUCAUCCAGCCAGGAAAGUGAGGGAUGUAUACUGGAAAAUAUACAAUUCAAUAUAUAUUGGCUCACAAGAUGCCCUCAUUGCUCAUUAUCCUCGUAUAUACAAUGAUGAAAAGAACACCUACAUUCGCUAUGAGCUUGACUAUAUUUUGUAAAAUAUUUACCAUCGUUCACUUAAUUGUUCUGCAUAUUAUGUGAAACAUAAGUAAUACACACAGUUCUGCAGCAUGAUUUUUAGGAGAGCCUGUUUUGGUGUAAUCUGUUUAGAAGUGACUAGGAAAGUUUGGCUAUUUUUGAUCCAAAAUCUGAUACAAAUGCCAUUCAUUUAUCUUUGAAGAUGUGUAUUUGUGAAAUAAACAUUUUAUGUAUAAAAAA